AUAUUCUGCACCUCUCAUGAAACAUUAUAAAGAUUCAUUCUGAAGUUUUGUGUAUAGAAUAAUAGGAAUUACUUAUAUAUCUUCUGAUUUUGUACUGUCACAUUAAGUGGAAUGGAGCGAAGUAUUCAUGAAAUGUUGAAAGAUGCCCCAUCUUUAAAUGAUAGUGAUAGUGCAGUCCAUAGUGGAACUCCACCACCUCAUGUACCAAACAAUUGUACUAGUGAUAGUCAACCUAGACCAGCUACAAUUAAUUUAACUUUGGGUAGUCCUACUUCACAAGUGUCUGUAACAGUAUCUCCAAAUACUCCUAUUCAAAAUGGUGAUACGCAAACAAUGCGUACUGCUCAAAGCAAAAUUGAAAGCAUCAAAAAUUGGAGUAUCUCUACUUACAAGUGUACAAGACAAUUAAUGUAUGAGAAACUUGGGAAAACAUCUCGUACGGUAGAUUCAGAGCUUGAAACCCAGAUUGAGUUAUUAAGAGACACUCAGAAAAAAUAUUGUAAUGUUUUACGAUUAUCAAGAGCAUUAGCUUCUCAUUUUCAUCAUGUUGUUCAAACACAACAUGCUUUAGGAGAGGCAUUUUCCGAAUUAGCACAGAAAUCUCCGGAAUUACAAGAAGAGUUUCUAUACAAUUCGGAAACACAAAGAAACUUGACUAAAAAUGGUGAAACAUUACUAGGGGCCUUAAAUUUUUUCGUUUCUUCCGUAAAUACACUUUGUAAUAAAACUAUCGAAGACACAUUACUUACAGUACGACAGUAUGAAACGGCAAGAAUAGAGUAUGAUGCUUAUAGAACAGAUCUUGAAGCAUUAGCACAGGCUACAAAAUCUGAUGGUAGCAAUGCAGCAAGAUUAGAAGAGGCUCAAGUUAAUUAUGAAGAGCAUAAACAAAAUUUUGAAAAACUAAGAUCAGAUGUUUCGAUUAAACUUAAAUUCUUAGAUGAAAACAGAAUCAAGGUAAUGCAUAAACAAUUAUUAUUGUUUCACAAUGCAGUAUCUGCCUAUUUUUCUGGAAAUCAAACGGCGCUGGAAGCUACAUUGAAACAGUUUAAUAUAAAGGUUAAAUCACCGAAUUCUUCUUUACCGUCGUGGCUUGAACAGUAGUUAUACUAGAAGAAAUAAAUCCAUGUGUUGAAAGGUAUGAAUAAAAAGAUACAUUCGUCCAAACGAAUUUCUCUUUGAGCAACAAAGAGAAUGACAAGGUAGAAUAACUUUCAGAAAUUCUCCGAAAUGUUACAAAUCACUGCUGUUAAAUAAUUUAUCAGUUCAAAUGAUUUUUGAAACGAAAGUGGAUAAAUAACGUAAAACCAGACUGAAUUUUUUUCUAAUUUAUGCUUUAAAUAUUAGCCAGUAUCUGUAUGUGGUAUAUGCAUCAACAAAUCUUGAUUAUAUGCAAAUAUUGUCAGUUAAAAAUAUGCCAUUUAAAGAAUUUGGUAAAGAUCUCUCUUUAUUCAGUAGCAAUGUUUACGAAACUUUAAAGGCAAUAGGUAUUUAAUUUUUAUAUCAGGCUUCUUAGAGAAGUCCUAAUGUAAAUACAUAAAAUAUGAUAUACUGAGCUUUGAAUUUUAUAGUAUGUACAAAACGGUAUUCAUUGGUUCUUUAUAUUACAUUUUGCACCAAUUUAAUAGAUAUAUCACAGUUGCUGUUAAGAGAACUACGAUGAAUUGAACAAAUUAUAAGCUUAGAUAUUUUUUGUACAUACUUUUCAUUCCAUUUCACGGGUUAAAUUUUGAUUGAGCUUUACUUGGUCACCUUUCGCGAAUGAAUAAUUAUUCAUUCUUCAUUUAAACAGUUCAUUGAUCUGUUUAAUUAAAGAAGACUUGGCACACUUUUAAUACUUCCUGAAAUGUAUUACAUUUUUUACAUUUCUGUAUCUUAUUUGUAAUGUUUAAACGUUGAUGUCAUCUUCAUAUAUUUACUGAGUUUUACGUCAAAAUUAAUCGUUUUAAAAAAGUUAAAGGGAGAAUGAAUUCUUAAACCUCGUACUUAGUUGUGUUCUUAGAUUAACUUGCUUUCCUCAUGCAAUUUUUUAUCGUGAGAUUUUUUACAAUUAUACUUAUUUAAUUAUGAUCUAAUCAAAUUAAUUUAUUAACUUAUCAUUAUAUAAGACAAUUACGUUUACAUUCUUAAUCAUAUAUAUUUAUGAUUUAAUUUUUACAAGUAUUUACUUUCAAGUAUUUUAAAAAACAAAGUAUACGUUUAUUGAGCUGUUUAGAAUAAAGAAGUGUGAUUUUAUUGAGCAUAAUUAUUUUUAAUCAAAAGUAUUUUGAUUUAAAUGAAAAAAGAUGUUUUAUUAUUGCAAAGCAGACAAACUUCUAGUCAUAUUUUUUAAGUGAAAAAUUCAUAUUUAUAUAUUUUUUUUUUAAACAGCAAUACAUAUUGUCUGUACCGAGACAUCACAGAUCAUUACGCUUCACAAAUAGAAAAUUCUUAAUAUAGAUAAAAUAGCCAUAUGGCAUACAUUAUUAUUAUUAUUUGUUGCUUCAACCUAUAGUUUAUACUGAAAUGGAUAGCACUUUAAACUAUAAAAAUUAAUCUAGUAAAAUUAUAUGAAUAUGGUUUAUUAUUAAUAUUCAAAUAUAUUUCUUCUCAUGAGAUCAUAAAUGAAUUUUUUAAUGUGCAUAAAAUACUACAUAUAUAACUGAACUGUAUAUGUAUUUCAUAUACAAUUCACUAUAUUUUUUAAACUUCUGAAAAUUGUCAUCAUUGUAAAUUUAAAACAAUAAUGAUAAACAUUAAGAUAAAAACUAUGACUCAUGAAGUAGUAAUGAUAUUUUACUUUCUGCAUAAUUAGCUUUACAUAGUGUGCAAUCUCUAAAGAUCAAAUUCUUUUUUAUAUUCUGUUAAAGUUCAUAAGAAAUGCAUUCCAUUAUUUAACAAGGUUUGUUAAGAAUGUUUUAGGCCAAUAAAAUACAUUGUAAUUAAAUAAAAAUAAAAUCUUAUAUUUAUUAUUAAGUAGAAAUAAGAAUGAAGAAUAAUGUUGAAUGACUUACAUAACUAAAAUGUGCAGUUUAAGCACUUUUUAAUUUAUAAAACAUAUUGUAGCGACUGUAUUAUGUUCCUAAUCAUGAUGUUGUUGUGUGUAUAUUAUGUGUAUACAAACUCCAAAUAAUAAAUGAAUGCUUAUA